AUGGUCUACUCUCCUAUACAACCGCCCAAACCACCACCGCCAAUCUCCCCUUCCCCGCCCUUCGUCAACGUCACCGACCUCCUAUCCCUCGCGGGCCCCUUCCACACUUUCCUCGCCCACCUCACCGCCGCCCAAACCAUCCAAACCUUCCAAAACCAAGCCAACGACACGAACCAAGGCAUCACCAUCUUCGCCCCCUCCGACUCCGCCUUCUCCUCCCUCGCAGCCCCUUCCCUCUCGAACCUCACCAAAAACCAACUCAACUCCCUCCUCCUCUUCCACGCGUUCCCCAACUUCUACACUCUCACCGACCUCUCCAAAAACCUCACCAAUUCAAAUGUCACCACUAUGGCGGGAAACUCUUUCACUUUGAAUAUCCAGGACUCUUCUGGUCUGAUUCUGGUAGGUUCUGGGUGGACUAAGACGAGCAUCAGUAGUAGCGUGUAUUCUGCAGCUCCGGUUGCAGUUUAUCAGGUUGACCAGGUUUUGAUCCCGGAGGCGAUUUUUGGUGCUCCGCCGCCUCUGUCGCCAUCUCAGUCUCCACCACCUCCAAAUGUGCCUUCAUCGCCUUCUAAAGGUCAAACACCUCCAAGCGACAAUGCAGCUCCAAGCGACAACGCACCGUCUCCUCAGCCUUUGGAGGCAACGAACAAUAAGUCUGCUUCACAUAGAAUUGGUUUUGGUGUUGCGACUUGCUUGGUUUCUGUGAGUUCUAGUGUUUUUAUGACGCUGUUGUGAGAGAGAGGAGAAGCGCUUGUUGAUGAUUGAAA